AUGGCCUCCCUAUUGCGUCUCCCGGCACGCCUGCAGGCGCGUGCCUCGGCUAUCUCCCUCGCUCGGUCACCUUUCAGUCUAUCUGCUCAGCGGGCCUCUGCUCGUGAUUCACCUCGGUCCAGUGGCAGCCAAGAGGAUGCGCCUCGCGACACGAAGUCUCAAGGGAAUGGCACGCCCAACCACCCGAUUCCCUCCAACAAAGCGCAGCCAACCCUCUCAGACGGUCGCCAAUCGCCUGUUGCCGACUUCGAAGGGAAUCUGAAAGACAAUUUACCGGAGGAUGUGAAGAAGCACAAUGAGGACUUAGAAAACAGAUACGAUCGGCCGUACAACCAUGUGGGCGAUGAAGGGAAUGUCGAGAAUACAUGGAAGAGAAAGUGA